AGGGAUCUCGUCUUGUCCAGGUGGUCCAAACUGACGUCUAACUGCUGAAUACCUGCGCAGAUAAUAUGGAAAAGGACAUUACAGGGUCUUUAAUCGUGGAGACAUAGCGACCAUCUGGUGUGACUUGAGAAUGCUUGCUUAAUAAAAACUCCCUUGGGAUGGACACGUUUUUAAAUGCUACAAAUCUGUGAGAAAUAGGUCAUGUCGAGGAUAAAAGAUUAUCGAAGCUAGAAUCCCUUUGGCCAACGUGCAAGAAAUGUCGAGCCGUUUACGAGGGAUUGAAUUAUACAAGUACCGAAGGGGAGUUUGGUUUGAUGACACGAGAGAUCUUGGAAAACCUUGAUAAGAGACAGCGUGUUAAACCGAAGAUCGUUGACCCGAAAGGGUUUCGUCGUGGCAAUGUUCCGAAGUACAUUAGUUUUGUCGAGCCGAUGCCCGUGCACCAGCGUCCGGGGACUGCGAAGAGCAGCGGCUAUAGCAGCUGUGGUAUUAGCAUGGUCACCGAGGACCUUUUGGUAUCCGCAGGUACACAGGAGGAACUGGCAGACAGCGGAGAGGAGAGUGGAACGGAGGUCGACAUCGGGUUUAGAAAUAUCUUACCGAGCUAUGGAAUGGACCCUAGGAAAGAUGAUGUUGAUGACGCAAGUCAGGAAGCCCAGUUUUCGUCAAGAUCUUCGUUGCUCAAAUCUGAACUGGACGGAAGCUUUUUGGACGGGGAAGGAUCCAAUAUGGACGACGGUGAAGAAGAAGGGAACACGACGUCUAGUGUGGAUCAAGAUGUGUUUGCCUCACUUGAACUACAAAACGCCGGAGAAGGUCUUUCUGGUAGCGAUAUUGAUGCAAACGUUUCAGAUUUGCUCGGCGAGUCUGCUUUGGAUGAUGGAAAGGGCAAUGCUGAUGGUGACUCCGAUGCCGGUCGCCAAGGUGAUGACACAGGUGUGAACAUUUACGACCAAUAUGAUGGUAGUGUCGAUGGCAAAAGUAGCGGCUUGGACGAAAGCGGUGCUCUGAAGAGCGAAGAUGACAUAAACAAGAGUUUGCAAUCAGAUCAACAAAAUCCCAAUGAUGCAGAAAACUCUUUGGACGGCAACUCGCUUGAAAACGGAACUCCGAGCGACGAACUGGACGCAUCACAAAACAACCAACAGGUUACCUUUUCCGAACCUUUGACGACAGAUCGCCGAUCAUCGUCGAAUGUCGGCGCAGAGGACGCGGCCGGCGCCGAGUCGCCAAAGUCGAUCCUCAAGGGAAGCGAUAAAAAUCGAAUUUUUGAACACGAACUUAAUUCGUCCAUCAUGAAGCGAUUGACAUCGCCAGAAGAGACUGACGGUUCUUUAUCGAAAACCACGAUGGAGAGAAGAUCUGCUGAUUUGAGGCCGCAAAGUAAACCGGACCUACAGGCGCAAUUUAAGGACAAACAGCUGAAUUUCGAUGGAGCUGAACAGACCUCAAGUGAUGAGGAAGGACAAUCUGAUUCUGAUCUGCAUAGUUCGACUGGACGAAGAAGACCAAAGCCAAAAGGCAGCAUUUACGGUAAACGUGCCAACAUGAAAGCGCCGAGGCAAAAAAUACGGCGAAAAAAAGACUCGGAAAAUAGCGAGGGCGAUGACACCAUCUUGUGUGCGGAAUCCGCAUUACUCAUGGAACAGAUUCUGGAACAAGAGAAGCGCUUGAGGGAGGGCAUGAAACCUUGGCUCAAAGGGCGUUUGGCCUUGUCUCAACAGAACAGUCGCUUUGAAAUACCAAUGGAUGUUCGCUUGCUUGAAAGUGAGUUGUGUGAUGAUAUCACGGUCCGUUUUUUGGGUCCGUGA